UCAUGGUUCAGUCUUGUGCUGUGUUGUUAAAGUAAACGGAACUCGAAAAAAAUCUGGGAUAAAACGUCGUCUUGUAACCGAAUCCGUUGUAAUAUUUAACUUAAUGAAUGUCCGGUUGUAAUAUAGCUUAUAGAUCUGUCCUGGAGAAGUGAUCUACAGAUAAGACGUUAUUAGUGCUGACUCAGGAUGGCAGAAGCUCAUCAGGCAGUGGCCUUUCAGUUCACUGUGACCCCUGAUGGCAUCGACCUUCAGCUCAGUCACGAAGCUCUUCGGCAGGUCUAUUUGUCCGGUCUUCAUUCCUGGAAGAAGAGAUUUGUCCAGUUUAAGAAUGGGGUUUUAAAUGGGGUGUACCCAGGAAGUGCACCAGGCUUCAUGCUGGUGAUGGCAGGAUACAUGGGAAGAGCACAUUAUUUAAAAGUGGACCCUUCCUUAGGCUUGCUUGUCAAACUUGGGAAAUAUCUUCCGGUCAGUAGGUACAUGUCUCAUCAAAAUCAGAUGUUAGUUGGAGGUGUCAUAGUGGGCACUGGUCUGUGGAUUGGCAUCAUAUUUACCAUGAGGAAUGUCCUGAAGUGCCUGUUGUCCUGGCAUGGCUGGAUGAAUGGGCCCCGGGGAAAACUGACCUGGAAAAUUCAACUUUGGCUGAUACUAAUGAAGAUUUUUUCGGGCAUGCAAACACCAAUGCUAUACAGCUUCCAGACUUCACUUCCUCAUUUACCUCUGCCCUCUGUGAAGGACACAAUGAAGAGAUAUCUUGAGUCAGUCCGGGCACUCCUGAAUGAUGAGGAAUACCAAAGAAUGGAAAGUCUUGCGCUGGACUUUCAAAAGAACCUUGGACCAAAACUUCAGUGGUACCUCAAACUGAAGUAUUGGUGGGCCACCAAUUACGUCAGUGAUUGGUGGGAAGAAUAUAUCUAUUUGAGAGGUCGUGGGCCAAUCAUGGUUAACAGCAACUAUUAUGCAAUGGACUUUCUGUAUGUUUUUCCCACACAUCUGCAAGCAGCGAGAGCUGGUAAUGCCAUUCAUGCCAUCAUGCUUUACAGGAGGAAACUGGACCGGGCUCAGAUUAAGCCGCUUAUGCUUCAAAACACCAUCCCCAUGUGCUCGUCCCAAUAUGAGCGUAUGUUCAACACAAGUCGCAUCCCAGGCAUAGAAACAGACUCUGUUCAGCAUGUGUCCGACAGCCGACAUAUUGUGGUGUUUCACCGGGGCCGCUACUUUAAAGUGUGGCUUUUCUAUGAUGGACGGUUGCUUUUGCCACGGGAGAUAGAGCAGCAGAUGGAGAGAAUCCUGAUGGACACGUCAGAGCCGCAGCCUGGAGAGGAAAACCUCGCUGCCCUUACUGCAGGAAACAGAGUGCCUUGGGCGUGUGCCCGUAAUGCAUACUUUAGACACGGCAGGAACAAACAGUCUUUGGAUGCCGUGGAGAAGGCUGCUUUCUUUGUUACUCUGGAUGAUACAGAGCAGCGCUAUGAUCUAAACGAUCCUGUGAAGUCCCUGGACCGCUACGCCAAAUCCCUGCUCCACGGGAAAUGUUAUGAUAGGUGGUUUGAUAAGUCCUUCAACAUGAUCAUUUUCAAGAAUGGAACAAUGGGCAUUAAUGCAGAACACAGCUGGGCUGAUGCUCCCAUCAUUGGCCACCUCUGGGAGCAUGUGCUCUCGAUGGACCCUGUUAAGCUGGGCUACGCAGCAGAUGGUCACUGUAAAGGAGAACCUCACCCUCAUCUCCCAGGACCGCAAAGGCUCCAGUGGAGUAUCCCACCUGAGUGCCAGACGAUGAUCACCAACUCUCUGUCUGUGGCUGAGGCUUUGGCUGAUGAUGUGGAUUCUCACAUCAUCCCCUUCAGUGACUUUGGAAAAGGCCUGAUCAAGAAGUGUAGGACCAGCCCAGAUGCCUUUAUCCAGCUUGCACUACAACUGGCCCAUUUUAAAGACAAAGGGAAGUUUUGCUUGACUUAUGAGGCAUCAAUGACACGUUUAUUCAAAGAAGGACGAACAGAAACAGUGCGCUCCUGCACUGUGGAGUCGUGUGCCUUUGUUCGCUCCAUGGUCAACAACGACACGAGAGAACAGAAACUCGGCUUACUGAAGCUGGCUGCUGAGAAACACCAGCAGAUGUACAGACUGGCAAUGACUGGCAAGGGCAUUGACCGCCAUCUCUUCUGCCUCUACGUAGUGUCUAAAUAUCUUGGGCAGGACUCUCCUUUUCUCCAAGAGGUGCUAUCAGAGCCUUGGAAACUCUCCACCAGUCAAACUCCUCUACAGCAGCUGGAGCUGUUUGACCUGGUGAGACACCCCGAGUAUGUUACAAGCGGAGGGGGGUUCGGACCGGUUGCUGAUGAUGGUUAUGGUGUGGCAUAUGUGAUUGUCGGAGAAAACCUCAUCAAUUUCCACAUCUCUUCCAAGCGUUCCAGCCCAGAGACGGACUCUCAUCGGUUUGGAAACAAUAUCAGACAAGCAAUGCUUGAUAUGCUUGAUCUCUUUCAGCUCGACACUAACAACCCAAAGUAAUUUGAUUGGUGGAAAAAUAUACACAUUUUAAAUUUUUACCUGAACUAUAGGUCUGCAUUAUUAUUGUUGAGAGAAACUUGAAUUUUUUUUUUUUUUUUUUUUGAUGAACCUUUUUCUUUUGUUGUCUUGUUUGUUUGCAUGUUUGUGAGAGAUGCUGCAUAUAAAAGAGAGAAAUAGGGAGCAAGUGUGAGUUUCUUCAAGGAAUCUCAUUCUGUGAUGGUAUGUGUUGGUGCCUUAACAUGUGUCUUCACUCAACAGUUCAAUGCAGGUGAUGUGAAAUGUAAAGCAUUUCAUUAUCAGGACCUUAUUUACCAAGACAUGUUUCUGGCACUCAGUAUAUUUAACUAAAUCUAUCUUAACUAAAUCCACAAAAAGAUGAAAUAUUCUCAUGACUGUUAAAAGAAGCAUAUUAAUAAUUAGCUUGGCCUGGCUUUUGUUGGCGCUUUGAUCUGUUAUCCUAACUGAAAUGUUCAAUUGUAAAUUGAAGGAAAGCACAGCUCUGCAUUUGUCUUCUUUUGUUUCCAUUGCUCCAUAUUAAGAGAUGAGGGGAAGGAUGGAAUUACACCUUCUGACCGACCGAAUAUCCCUAAACCUUAUAUCAACUUGCUGUUAUUUAUUUUAUUGAAGGUGCUGAUGCUCAUAUAAUGCAUCUUCACAUAAAUGUACAUUUUUUUUUGCCUUCAUUAUGUUCUUAAGUUCCUUUUAAGGUUUUACGUUAUUUUUUGGAAAAUGUAGAAAUACAUUAUUUUAGUUUAAGUGGGACGCCACCUGAAACAAAGGGGAAAAAUAUGUUAAGUUUCACUUAUAACAUGUUUGCCCCUGAUGUUACAAUGACUUCCUCAGUAUGCCUUUUAACGAUGCAUGUGAAGCAUUUAAUGUUACAGCCGAAUCCUAUUAAUGAAUAAAUGCAAUAUUUCCUCUGCUUCAUCAAACUCGACAUACUCAGCAUCUAGCCGGGUGUACCCAUUUCCCACCUGCUUCAUGAACUGGCUGACCAUCAAUGAGCAGAUGUUUUUCAGCUCCACAUAUCUAGUUUCCAUGAGAAAACCUAUGGUUAAAUACCAGAAAUGUUUUUAUAAAUGCAGCUGAAGGAGCUUGGUUAGGUUAUGUCAGCAAUAAGGCAACUUUUUCAAAAGUAAUGCAGAUCCAGAAUAACAGAUCCAAUCUCAAUGCUGUUAAAGUUUUCCCCACAUAAACCAGUGAUUGAUGUACUACUUGCCAAAAUAUUAUUUAAGUGUUACAAACUGCUUGGAAGAAACUGAUUGUACGCAACUUUUCCUUUGCAAUGUUCUUCUCUAAACUGUUUUCCUUUUAUAUUCCUGGAUCGAUCUCUGUUCAAUGUGUGAGGCUGAAAAUUGUGAAAAAUACAUUGUACAUGUUAAGACAUAUUUGGAUAUUUUUUUCAUGAAAAAAUACUUAUUUUGAUUACCUUAUUUGCCACACAUGACCUUUUGUUUAACACAUCUGUUCUUGCAAUAUCAAUUAUUAUUCUCAGUUUUCUUUUCAGAAAAGAUCAAAAAAUAAAGAACAACAAUAACAAUA